GAAGGGGCCGCAGGCGGAGGUCGCGAUGGCGCUGGAAAGCGGCAUGAAGUGCGUCAAGUUCCUGGUGUUUUUCUUCAACUUCUUGUUCUGGGUGUGCGGCAUCGCCCUCGUGGGCCUCGGCAUUUAUGUGCAGGUGAUGCUGAACAAGUCGCUGACCAUGCAUAACCUCUCGGCCUCGGGCCCUGCCAUUGUCAUCAUUGCUGUUGGCGUCGUCAUCUUCUUCAUCUCCUUCUUCGGCUGCUGCGGGGCCUGGAAGGAGAGUUACUGCAUGGUCACCACGUUCGCCGUUCUGCUGACCCUGAUUUUCCUGGUGGAGAUCGCGGCAGCCAUUGCCGGCUAUGUCUUCAAGGACAAGGUGCGCAAGACACUGGAGGAUGAACUGUGGAGGGAGAUGCGCAACUACACCAACGACAAGCUGGUGAAGGAGGCCGUGGACGAGCUGCAGAAGCAGUACAUGUGCUGCGGGGCCAACAACUACACGGACUGGGAGACCAUCCCCGGGUUCAAGGAGAACCAGACCGUCCCGCUGUCCUGCUGCCGGACCAACGCCACAGCCAAGUGCAAUGGGCGCCCAACCCCUGACACCAUCUACACCGAGGGCUGUCUCAAGACCAUGGAGGCCUGGAUGAAAAAGCACAUUGUGGUGGUGGCAGCUGUGGCACUGGGCAUCGCCUUCUUCGAGAUCCUGGGCAUCGCUUUCGCCUGCUGCCUCAUGAAGGGCAUCCGCAGCGGCUACGAGGUCAUGUAGCCGCCUCAUCCCCGACCUCUGACCCCGCAAGGCUCCUGACCCCCUGCAUGGGGGGCCAUGGGGUCUCCUCACUCUGCCUCUCCCCUGCCAGGCCCCAGGGGUCCUGCCCUUCCCCGCCCCCCUUGCCAAACGCCCCCCUGUGGUGGGGGGCAUUGCCACAGUUUUUAAGAUAGGGAAAUGCCACCUUGUUUUGAAAAUAAAGAGGCUUCCCCUGGAGCA